GCGGCUGGCGCUGUCGGUGCGUUUAUUCUGAAUUGUGAUUGACGAUUCGCAAUUGUCAUUUCUUUACCGCCAUUUUGUUCUCAUGUUAGCUUGGGAUUGUACAGCAAUGAUUUCGUUAUUUGUAUGUGCUAAUUCGUUAAUUUUGUGACUUUAGUGAGCCUAAAUAUGACAUACAAUUUGUAAGAGCAGUGUCUAAUAUAUUUUUUAGCAUUUUCGUAGAUAUCAACGUGCAACAAUGAGUGUCAUCAUUAGACUGCAGAAUCUGCCGUGGUCAGCUAAUGCUCUCGACAUUAGGAAUUACUUUCGAGGCCUUUCUAUCCCCGAGGGGGGUGUGCACAUCGUAGGCGGCGAGCUUGGAGAUGCGUUCAUUGCGUUCAGUACGGACGAAGACGCACGUCAAGCGAUGAUGCUAGAUGGAGGGAAGAUCAAGGAAAUACAAGUUAAAUUGCUCCUGAGUUCGCGGUCGGAAAUGCACAAGGUGAUAGAAACUGCACGUCAGAGCGUACCGUUAUUAACACUCGCUACACCUUCGCCUGUGCCACCUCCUGUCAUUCCUCCGCAAACUCAGACACCACAACCAAUGAACUCCGUAGCACCCGUUAUUACUCCUUUUUCAACAGCUCUUGGUACCACCACGAUCGCCGGUUUUGGAAUACCAGGGAUCGGUAACCCGCAAGAGAUUCCCCAACCUGCUGUGAUAGAACCACCUGCGCCGUUACUUAGUCCGCCCUCUAAAUCGCCCUUAGAAGAAGAAAAGGAGGAAGAGAAGUUAGAUAGAAAACGUAGCAAAGACAAAGAUAGACGGCGCUCUCGAUCUAGUUCAAGAUCUCGAGACAGAGAAAGGAAAGAAAGAAAAAGAGAACGUAGAGACAGAUCGCGCUCGAGAGAGAGGAGGCGAAGAGACCGAAGUCGCAGUCGAGAUAGGCGCGACCGUAAACGAGACAGGAAAGAUCGUAGUCGUUCUCGCGAUAGGUCUCCCUCGCGGCGCUCUCGAGACAAACGUAACACUGAUCGCAACAAAUCUCCACAAAACUCGCAAGAGCGAUCGAUGGAUAACAUGGACGUUAAUAUUGCUCCACCUCCGCCUGCUUUUGGCAGUACCAAUGGACCUCAAAAUCCGUUGAUGUCAACAAAUAAUUUGCUGCCGAAUGGACCAGUAGGACAAUUAGAUCAAGGGCCAAAUCGUUUUAAUGAUCCAUCCUUAGCAGAAGCAUUUAAUAAAUUACAAGAACUAGGUAAAAAACGCAAUCCUAAUGCAUUCCAAGGUGAACAAAAUGGAGGCAGAUUCCAAGGUGGUCGUGGGGGAAGUAAUAUAGCGCGCGGUGGAAGCACAUUCCGUCGUGAUAACCGUUCAUCAAGAUUCGAAGAAGGACAAAAAGAUUGCUGUGUGGCUCUCAGGAAUGCACCAAAUCAUACUAGCUACGGAGAUGUCCGCCGAUUUUUUCCAUUCAUGAUCGAUAAACAUGGCAUCAAGAUGAUCAAUGAUAACAUGGGCCGCCGGACUGGUAAUAUCUUCGUCAGAUUUUGCGAUCCUCGCUCUAAACAACUUGCAUUACAGCGUAAAAGUAACGAAUUGAAAGGAGCUGAGGUUGUUGUGGAAGCAUUAGACGAUGACACAUAUGAAUCUGCCGUGGAUUCAUUUUUACCUUACCGCGAAGAUAAUGAUGAUGAAGAUCAAAGUCUGGUUAUAGCUGAUGGAGAGAGGGAUACAAAAACCUUUAGCGUAUUAAAAUUGACAGAUUUACCGAACUUUGUCAAGGAACAUGAUAUAAUGAAAGUAUUUAAUGAGUUUUCCCUUUUGUCCAUACAAUUAAGUGACUGUCGUAUUACUAGAACUAAAAUAGCAUAUGUCCAAUUCGUGAAAGCCGACGAUGCAAGAAUGGCUUUCGAUCGUAAAGGUAGUUACAUGUUUGGUAGACGUCAGGCGACUAUCGCACCGGUAUCUAAUGAUGAAUAUGAUCUAGUAAAAUUAAACCAAGAUAAGACAGAUCAAACAGUUGUGGACCGGCCCACAAACGAUAAUAUGCAAGAACCAGUCAUACCACGAGACCCUCGCCAGCGACGUCAACUAGUGGACAAUGGGCCGAGUUCUGCCGGUGCUCAAAUCCAAGGAACAGUUCCGACACAGUUCAUGCCUAAUGCUCAAUAUCCUCAAAAUUUUGGUGGAUCCUUCCAAAACCCUCAAUUUGGAGCUUUUCCGAGUGCCGGUAACUUGGAACCAAGAGCGGUUACAACUAACAAUUGGACAAACCGAAUUAAUUUUCCAAAACAACCAGAUAAAGAAAUGCAAGGUAUGUCGUCUCCUAUGCGCAAUCCUAAAGUUAUAUCCGUCAAUAUGGAAGAUGAACCCCUCGACUGCGUACUCAUGAAAAGUCUACCACGAGAAGCUACCGACAGAACUAUUGUCAACUUCUUGGCCGAUACUGGCGCAGUACCAUCUAGAAUACAUCUUAUGUUAGAUGCGAACGGUCUUCCCUCCGGUGAUUGCUUUUGCGAAUUUAGAUCGGCUCAAGAAGCCCGAAAAGCUGCUUCGAAACAUGGCCAGCUCUUAGAUGGGAGUCGUGUUACAAUAGACUUAGUUAUGCGAAGUGUUGUAGAAGAAGCUUUAGAGGGACCUAAAUUAGAAACCCAACCUGGUAUUCUUGGCAACGCGCCUCCUCCCUUUAUGAACAUGCCUCGCGGUGGUUUUAUGGGACGCGGACAGUUUCGCGGUAGGGGUAUGUUUGAUCGAGGAGGUUUUGAUAGAGGUGGUUUCAGAGGUGGAUUUGAUCCAAGUAGAGGAGGCUUCGACCCUAAUCGAGGUGGCUUCAGAGGACGAGGCGGUUGGAGCGAACGCGGUAUGCGUGGAUUCGAUCGAGGCAGAGGAGGACGCGGCUUUGCGCGAGGACGGGGAGGGUUCGACAUGUCGAUGCCAAUGCCAUUACAAAUGCAAAACGAUGAAGAGCAGGAUCCCGCACUAGAAAACUUUGGAACCCCGGGCUGCAUCGUUACGAUGGAAAAUGUACCAUUCAGAGCAACUGUCGAUGACAUUAUGACCUUCUUCGGCGAUUUUGAGCUGACUCAAGAUGACAUAAUUAGGAGAUACAAUGAACGCGGACAGCCCACGGGAGACGCGCGGGUGGCGUUCCGAACGCCCUUCGACGCCCAACGCGCUAUCAAAACUCGGCAUAUGAAUACAAUAUUCGAUCGUCGAAUCACUCUAACUAUUCUCUAACAUAACACACCGGUGCAGAUCGGACUGCAACCGGACCCGGUAGUGUAUGAGAGUGUCUACUCUAAACACUGUACGGACAGUUGAUGUGUACCCACCACGGUAUGGAUGUUGAUAUUUACAAAUGUAACUAGAGCUACUGAUACAAUAAGUAGUUUAAAAUUAAGUUUAAGGGUUAUGUACUAUAAAAUGAUAAUAGUUUAUUUGAAUAAAACAAAGAUUUUUGAUAAUUUAAA